UCCCCUCUUUUAAGUACCCAUCCCCUUUUCGAGAACUAGGGUUAGGGUUUUGGCUAGCAAUCGCCAUGGCCGCAUUCAACGAGAUCCAGAAGAGGAAAAGGGCAGCAAUCCAGCAGGAGAAGCGAGCGAUCCAUGGCGAUCCUCGCACGGGAAAGCUCAAGCAGAGGGCCCCGCCCGUCUCCAUCUCUGGGAAGCGCAAGCGAAAGCUCCUCAAGAAAUUGAAAAGGGAGCAGAAGGAGGCGAUAGAGAAGGGUUUGGUUACGAUGCAAGAUGUAGAGAUGGCAGUUGCAGACGGAUCUGCUCAAGACAAUAAUCAAAAGGCUCAUAUCAAGUUCAAUGUAAAGGGGACUUCAAGGCUCAGAAUCAAAAAGUUGAAGGGAAAAGGUAAGAGCAAAAAGAAAUCUGCAAACAAGCCGAAGGGUGCUGCUUCAGUAGAUGCCAUGGUAGAAUGAGUACUGAAUUGAGCUAGGCAGAAAACUUCCAGUGUUUGCACCUUUAUAUUCAAGAAUAGGGCUUUUGCUGAGCCAAAUUUUAUGUAUAAAUUGUUAUUUUACAGCAAGUUGUUGGAAGAAGAUGGGUAGAUUGCACAUUUAAACUUGUUGAGCAUUUUGUAAGAAUUCCGUUUGAUAAUCUUGCCUUAGUCGAAGAUUGCCUAACAUUAGGUUGAUGAUCCUUUCAUUGGUGACUUUUUUUGUUGUGCUUUUCAGCCUAACAAAUUCUUAUUGUACUUUGCAUGAAGUUCAAUUGUUUUUUUUUCUUUUUGCA